AUGGCGUCUCUUCGUGCUAAUUGUCGCAAAGUGAUGUGUAUCGGCCGAAACUACGCCGAUCACAUUGCCGAGCUGAACAACACCGCUCCCAAGCAACCGUUCUUCUUCCUGAAGCCCUCUUCCUCUAUCCUGCCCCCCAACAGCGGUCCUGUUCUCCGCCCCAAAGGAGUAAAUUUACACUAUGAAGUGGAAUUGGGGUUGGUGAUGGGGAAGACUGUCCGAGAUCUGGAUCCACAGGAUGAACAGGGCGCCCUGGAUGCCAUUGAGAGCUACGUCCUCGCCAUUGACAUGACUGGGCGCAACGUACAAGACGAGGCCAAGAAAAAGGGUCUGCCCUGGUCCAUUGCCAAAGGAUUCGAUACAUUCAUGCCCAUCUCCCAGGUCAUUCCCAAGUCUCGCCUCCCCAACCCCCACGACGCCUUCCUGCGACUGCGCGUCAAUGAGACAGAGAAACAGGCCGAUUCGACUGGUCUGAUGCUCUACCGUAUCCCCCAGCAAUUGGCUCACAUCUCACGUAUCAUGACGCUGGAAAAGGGUGACAUUGUGUUGACGGGAACUCCCAAGGGCGUGGGCCAGGUCAAGGCGGGUGAUAUGAUGCAUGCCUCGAUCGAGGUCGAUGGUCAAGAGAUUGAGGAAGGUCGUAUUCAGGUGGAAGUGCAAGAUCGCCAGGGCCCUUAUGAGUUCAAGGAGACUUGA